AUGACGAACGAAAGAUUUCUAUUUCUUUCUUCGCAUGAAAGACGGCCGACCGGCACAUUGAUUGCAUCGCGCAAAGAAGCAUAUUCUUCUUUACCCGUGAACCAAACCUCCACGCACAAAAUUGAGGAAGACGUCGUGAAUGUCGAUCAUAGAACCCCCCCUCCACCUCCCGGCCAUCGCAACGCACUCAGUACUGCUAUUAUGGUGAUAUUCGUACUUCAGUUGAUAAGCACCAUUGAACGGCUGGUAUUUGAUUUUCUUGGUUACAUGUGGGCACCAAUAAUGGGCAACUUUUUUCAAAUAAUUUGUGUGAUAGUUGGAAUAUUUGGUGUUUGUCAAUACAGACCAUGUUUAAUAGCAGUGUAUUCAACUUGGAGUCUCAUAUGGAUAGGAUGGAAUGUUUUUGUGAUUUGCUUAUACUUGGAAAUAGGAAUAUUAAACCGGAACAAUGAAUUGUAUAUUCUAAAUAUUGGUACCAAAAACAAAAGCUGGUGGUUAGAACAUGGCAUUGGCUGCCAUGUAACAAAUGAUACAUGGGAGAAAAGCUACCAUGGAGAAACCAGCAGGCCGAUUCCACCUGAAGAAUUUGUAGAAGGUUGUCUUAUAGACUAUUAUUAUGUAGAAUUUAUACAUGCUGCUGUGCAGUGUUUGUUUUCAUUCAUUGGAUUUAUAUUUUCCUGCAUAACAAUCUAUGUGUAUACAGAAGAAGAUGAGAGCUUUGACUUCAUUGGAGGAUUUGACUCCUAUACCUCUUAUCAGUCACAGGGCAAAGGCUCCCAUAUGCAGCUGCAACCUUUGUACUCCUACCAUCUGGUCAGCUCAGAGAAACCACCAAGCUAUGAUACCUUUAUCAAUGAUGCUACUAUUCCUCCUUAUUAUGCAACUGCAAUGGCUACAGGAGGUACCAUGGCUGCUGGUACUAGUGCCCAAACUGCUACUGUCCCUAUCUACGCUACUGUUGAUAGGCGCAGUCUCCGUAGCAAGGCCAGUCAACGCUCAAAAUCUUCAAAAAACAAAGAUAAACGAAAAGAACUUCCCUGGGUACAUGUGACACCCUCUUCAAAUUAUCUAGACUAUAGUCACCACCACCAUCACCAUCCCUAG